GUACUUGCCCACCUCGUAUAUAACCCCCGUUCAAACCGACCGUUUGCCUCAGACCCAGACCAAAUCCAAACCUAAUCACAGAUCGAGCAAAAAAGCACGGAGGCGGAGCCGCACCCACGACCGCGUCCGUCCCCCGCCAUGUCCUGCUCGGUCGCCAUCCCCAGCUCGCCGGUCUUCUCCCCGUCGCGCCGCCCGCUCUCCUGCAAGGCCGCCUCCGCCUCGCCCGACUCCGCCUCCGUCUCCUCGCCCGCGCCGCCGCCCUCCGCCGCCGGCUCGCCGCUCCGCCCCUUCUCGCUGCUGCGCGCACAGAUCCGGGAGGAGGCCUCCCCGACGCCUCAGAAGGCCGGCUCUGCCGCCCCCGCCGGCUCGGUGCUGAAGAGGCGGCGCCCGGCGCCGCUCUUGGUGCCGGUGGACGGCGCGGCGGUCGCUGCUGCCGCUGCGGCGGCUGUGGCCGCCGUCGAGUCGGAUCCGAGCAACGAGGUGGAGGAGGCGGGGGAUGAGUUCGCCGCCUACUGCCGCAGGGGAAGGGGGAGGAGAAGGGUGGAGAUGGAGGACCGGCAUGUCGCCAAGCUCGCGCUAGGCGGUGACCCCGAUGUGGCGCUGUUCGCUGUCUUCGACGGCCACGGCGGGAAGAACGCCGCGGAGUUCGCCGCGGAGAACAUGCCCAAGUUCAUGGCAGAGGAGAUGAACAAGGUUCACGGCAGUGACAGCGCCGAAAUCGAGGGCGCUGUGAAGACGAGUUACCUCAAGACGGACGAGGAGUUCCUCAAGAGGGAGGAGAGCGGAGGUGCAUGCUGCGUCACCGCAUUGCUGCACAAGGGCGGCCUCACCGUGUCCAACACAGGGGACUGCCGCGCCGUCCUCAGCCGGGAAGGAAAGGCGGAGGCGCUCACCUCCGACCACCGGGCCGCGCGCGACGACGAGAGGCAGAGGAUCGAGAACCUGGGCGGAUUCGUGGUGAACUACCGAGGAACAUGGCGGGUGCAGGGCUCCCUGGCGGUGUCAAGAGGCCUCGGCGACGCGCACCUCAAACAGUGGGUGGUCGCCGAUCCAGACAGCAGGACACUCCUCGUCGACCCGGAGUGUGAGUUCUUGUUGCUCGCCUCCGACGGCCUGUGGGACAAGGUGGAUAACCAGGAAGCCGUAGACAUCGCCAGGCCUCACUGCAUCGGCAGCGACAAGGCUUCUCGCGUCGAUGCGUGCAGGAGGCUUGUUGAGACCGCGGUUUCCAGGGGCUCUACCGACGACAUCAGCGUUCUGAUCAUACAAUUGCAGAAGUUCGCAGCUUCUUCUUAACUUGCCAUUGCUAGGAAGUAACUCUAACAGAGCGUUCGGUGUUGUCAAGGGGAUGGGCAGGAUAGGCAGAUUACCAUAUGUGACUUCGCAAGCAGAAUUUUAGGUGUGCUUGCACUAUUUUGCUUGGGGUUAACAUUCGAUUCUUUUGGAGUUCUAGCACCAUUCUUUAUGUACUUAAUUUAAUUCAAUUCCAUUCAUUCUUUGAA